GACUAGUCCCCCAAUCAUCAUCAGGGGGGAUUGUGAAUUUUAAAAGUCUCCAUCUUGGUCGAGCACCCAAAAAUUGUGCACACCCACACUACACAGGCAUGUGCUAGUCAAUGACAAAUCAGAAAUAACUAACUGCCCACCUGGGCUGUCCUAAGCCAAGCUAGAGCCAACCAUUGGCACUUGUGAGACACAGGAAGUGAGGUAGGGAACAGCCUCUGGGAUUCGCGCACUUCCUGUGGAGAGAGCUAGAAGGCAGUUGGUGUUAGGAGCUUGGACAGGGAGGACGCCCGCAGACAGCUUUCCUUCAGAUCACUCACAUAUUAAUGAUCUCAUAUUGCUUGCUUUCUCAGUGAGAGGGGAAAGAAUUGGAAGAAAGGAGAGAAUUUGGAAUUUUAAAACAUUUUAGGAAUGUUAUAAAUUAAUAAUUUUUUAAAAGAGAAGUACAAAAUGAACAAUAUAUUUGGAUACCAAGCUACCAAGACACACUCCAAAAAAGAAAAAGGAGAAGUUCUGCUCUAUACCCAAAGAAACAAAGCUUUGUGGUAGAAUUCAAGCCACUCUAACAGGAAGCUCAUUUUGCAGACAAAGAAACUGAGGCCAGGGCAGUGUUCUUACCAGUGCCCAUUGCCCCCAGGGGCAAUCCUGUUCUUCUCCAGUCUCCCUUGCUACAGGAUGGGAAGCCAGUGAGCCACCUCCUCCGGGAAGUCCUCCCCAGAGGGGAGGAAAGCAUGCAGCAAGCCAGCCAGACGGAUGCGGCCCCUGGGGGGCCGGAUUCCGGGGGCCGCAAGCUGGAGGGCCAGGGAAAACCAAGACUGCCCACAUCCAGGAAGAUCUGCUAUGCCCUGGGAAGCGCCCCAUAUCAGCUGACUGGCAAUAUCAUUUCCUUCUUUCUGCAGAUCUUCCUCUUAGACGUCGUACAGCUGGAUCCCUUCUGGGCCUCCUCUGUUAUCUUCAUCGGUCGAGCAUGGGAUUCAGUAUCUGACCCCAUCAUUGGCUACCUGGUGAGCAAGAGUCCCCGGAGGAAGUGUGGCAAACUGAUUCCGUGGGUUUUGGGCUCUACCCCCUUUGGUGUCUUGCUGUACUGUCUCCUCUGGUUUACACUCUCUGACACCCUACCCACCUCCUGGAAGUUCUUCUGGCACCUGAUCACCUACUGUGUCUUCCAGACAUGUCUGAGUUGUUACCAUGUGCCAUAUACCUCGAUGACCAUGUUCCUAGGAGGAAGCCGGAGUGACCGAGACUCGGCCACUGCCUACAGGAUGGGGAUGGAGGUCCUCAGUAGCCUCAUUGGCACUAGCAUCCAGGGGCUGAUUGUGGGAAGAUAUCAUGCCAGCAUUACUUUGAACUGCCAAGCGCUGAAUGGGUCCCUACCUAAUGAGACCAUGGGCAACAGCACCUCCCCACUCACUGAUACCCUGGAAAACACACGAAUGGCAUAUCUAACAGCAGCAGUGAUCAUUGGUUCCAUCUACUGCUUCUCCUGUGCAGUCCUCGUCCUUGGGGUAAAGGAGCAACAGGAACCAUUCAGCAUUCUGGACCAGUCCAGACUCCCAUUUGUUUAUAGUCUGUUCACCAUCAUGGGCCACAGGCCCUACACUCUCCUCCUAAGUGGAUUCCUCUUUGUCUCCAUGGCUUUCCAGAUGGCCCAGGGGAUCUUUGCUUUCUUCUGUACCCAUGCUGCUGGCCUCACUGGGAGCUUCCAGUACCUAGUCCUCAUCCUACUGGUGGUGGCCUCUCUCACCAUUCCAUUCUGGCAGUGGUUCUUGGGAAAGUUUGGGAAGAAAAAUGCUGCUUUUGUUGGGCUUUCCCUCAUCAUCCCAGCCUUCAUUAUUCUCGUGCAAGUGACACACAGCUUCAUCACCUUUGCUCUCACCAUGAUCCUGGUAGGCUGCAGCACAGCCUCGCUCUUCUUGUUGCCAUGGUCCAUGCUCCCAGAUGCCAUGGAUGACUUCCAACUAAAGAACCCCAGCUGCCAGAACCUGGAAGUGUUCUUCUACUCUUUCUACAUCUUUGUCAACAAGUUUGGAGGCGGUUUGGCCUUGGGGAUCUCUACCUUGAGUUUACAUUUUGCAGGCUACCAAGCUGGGAACUGUGAGCCAAACCCUUUGGUCAAACUGAUUCUUCGGGUGCUCAUGGCCCCCGUCCCUAUCACCCUGUUAAUCACUGGCCUGACUAUCUUCUGCUUCUACCCCAUUGAUGAAGAAAGGAGGAAGGAGAACAGAGCAAAGAUGGAGGCAGCCAGGGACCCAUUAUGCCAGCGGUUGUGAUCCCAGAAACUAGUUCUAAAAGGAGCUCAAGUGCUACUUUGCAUGAUCAUGAGGAUGCUGGUACAACUGAAGGAAUGAUAAACCUUUUCCAUACAGCUUUUCUAGGGAAGGUUCCUGUUUAAUCAGCCAUCCAGCUAUGUCAGUUAUUUGAGGAUAUGUGCCAGACCCAGAGGGAAGAAUGCACUCAGAGGGACUCCAGGAUAUCUCCUUGCUUCCUUCCUAGUUGAAUAUAUGACCUUAGCAAUAUAUGCUGUCAGUUCUGGAAAAGAACUUUAGAGAUCAGCUAAUCUAACCCUUUUAUUAUAAGGAGAAAAAAACUGAGAUCCAAAAAGGGCAACUGAUUUAUCCAAAGCCUUAUAAGCAGGACUAGCCCCCAGGUCUCUUCACUCCCAAGUCUUGUGCUCUUACUACAUUGCUUCUCCUUGAGUCUCUAACUCAUUGGGGCAAAUGCAGUUUUGGAUUAUAUUGACAUAAAAGAGAUUGCCAUGCUUCCUUUAUUGUAAACAGUAGAGAGGAAGCAUGGUCUUACUAAAAAGGCCCAUGACAACCAAAGCCAUCCAAAAUGUUUACCACUUUAGCAGGGCUAGGUCUAUAAGUCCAACCUCUUCUACAAAGAUUCAUCUUCACAUAGAACCAAAAGACUGAAAUUAUCAAAAAGAAGAUGAGGUUCAGUGGGGUAAGAAGAUUCACCCAGUGACUUAGCCAGUAAGUAACAGGGCUGAGAUUAAAACCAGAGUUCUGUCUCUUUAAGCUUUAUUCUCUUUCCACAUAGCCUCUGUUUGCCUCAGUUCCUCAUCUGAAAAAUCAGCUAGAGAAAGAAAUGUCAAGGCACUCUGAUAUCUUAGCCAAGGAAACCUCAAAUGGGGUCACAAAGAAUCAGAUAUGACUGAAACUACUGAACAACAAGCUCUUUCCACUGAACUCAGCUGUCUCUCUAGAGCAUUGAGAGACUGUGGCAAAAUUCCAGGGGCAUUCCAAACAGUGAACUGCUAGCAUUUGAUGCUGGUCACUUCUGUUGCCUUUACCCAAAAGAUUACAUGGCCCUUUCUUUUUUUUUCUCUUAACAUUUGUUUUACUUUGUUUUAAAAAAUUUUCAGUUAGCAAAACCAUUUUCUCUUCCUCCCAGUAGAAAAGAAAAAAAAAAGCAGACCUCUUGAAAUAAAUGUCUGUAGCCAAAUAGAACAAAUUCCCAUACUGAAAUACAUAUCUCAGUCUGCACUGAGUCCAUCACUCCUUUAUCAGGAAGUAGGUAACAUACUUUAUUGUCAGUCCUUUGGAGUUAUAGUUGGUUGUUGUAUUCAUCAGAAUUCUUAAGCCUUUCAAAGACAUAUACACUAACAAAGAGUAUAACUCAGGUAAGAGUGGUGCUGCAUUGGGGAGUACAGAGAAAAAUGGGUCCAUUCUGCAGGAAAUAGGUGCUUCAGUUUGAAAGUUUGCUCCUGCUGGAGGGGAAGGUGUGCUUGAAAGGCCUUUUCUGAGAAAAGGGAUUGUUAUAUUCUAAUUUUGGGUGGCUGUCCUGGAGCUGGCCAAUCUGUAUAUCAGGGGUUGGGGCAAAAUAUUAUGGGAUUUUGUUAUCAAGAGGAAAAAAAUAAAGUGAUGGAAAAUAAAAUAUUAAUUGGGACCCAGGUAUACUAACCUUUGAAAAAUAUUGUAUCCGUAUUUUACCAUGAGUAUGUACUAUAAGCUUGUAGCUGUAAAGAUUAAAAUUUAGGAAUAUGGGGAGACUUAGGCAGGUAGAAAUUAGUUUCUCUCUGCAAGAAGUAUUAUAUUUUUUAGAGGUUUAUUAAAGGUUAAAGAUUAAAGAAUAUACAAGUAAGAAACAUGUGCCUAGGCCAGAGGCCUAGACAAAAUAACCUCACAUCAUGCAAGAGACGCGCCUGCUCCAAAACGGAAGUCCAAAAGAGUGAGCCCCUUCAAAAGCCUUUGAAUCAGGUUAAAUACCUUCUCGAUCUCGGCCCAGGUGAGAUUACAAGGCAUUCUGGGGAAGUGGAGCAAAGGCUCAUGGGGAUUGUAGUCCUGUAUUCGAGUCUAUUUUUUAAUUAGCCUCUUAUAAGGGGAGACCAUCAUGAGGGCUUCAAGACCAUUGGGCCUAAUCUUAUAACAAAGAUUCUCUUGCAAAGAUUCUCUAAGCUAUAACUUCCCUUAAGAGGAGACUAUCAUGGUAGUCUUAAGAGCACCAGACCCAAUCUUAAAAGACCCUUAUCAGACAAAUUUGCUACAAAGAUGUUUUCCUCCAGUUUCCUACUUCCUUUAUAAUUUUUGGUGCAUUGUUUUUGUUUGUGCGAAACUUUUGACAUUUUAUGUAAUCAUCUAUGUUCUUCUUUAUCCCUCAUUUGGUCAUGGAUUCUUCUUAUAUCCAUACAUCUGAAAGGUAUUGAGGGGCAGCUGGAUGGUUCAAUAGAUAGAGAGUGCCAGGUCUAGAGUCAAGGAAGCCUGAGUUCAAAUGUGGUCUUAGACACUUCCUAGCUGUGACCCUAGACAAGUCACUUAACCCCAAUUGCCUAGUCUUUACUACUCUUCUGCCUUGGAAUCUAUAGUUAUAUCAAUUCUAAAACAGAAGGUAAGGUGUUGUUUGUUUGUUUGUUUAAGAAAAGUAGAGAAAGGUACUGAAAAAUAAUUUCUUCCUUGUUUUUCACAUUUGUUUAGGAUGUCAUCCUGUGUGUGUGUGUGUGUGUGUGUGUGUGUGUGUGAUAUAUCCAUUUGGAGCUUGUCUUAGUAUAAAAUGUGAGAUGUUGGUCUAGACCUAGUUUCUGACAUGCUGCUUUCCAGUUUUCCUAACACAGUGAGUUCUUAACCCAGUAACUGAUAUCUUUGGAUUUAUCAAACACUAAUCUACUAAGUUCAUUUUUUUCUCAUCUGUUUCACUAAUUGACUUCUCUGUUUCUUGGGCCAGUACUAAAUAGUUUUGAUGAUUACUGCUUCGUAAUCUAUUUUAAGAUCUGGUAUUACUAAGGCUCCUUUCCUUCCCACAUUUUUGUUUUUGUUUUUUAAUUACCUUGAAAUUCUGAUCUUUUGUUCCUCCAGAUGAAUUUCAUUAUUUAGAGGACUUUUUCUUAAGGGUCUUGAGAACACUGCUGUGGCCCUUUACUUGACCUCUUUUCAGUAUCUACUUUUGAUAAUAUAUCCAAUUGGCUGUUUAGAGUGCAGUGAGGGCUUUCAGAGACAAAGGAUAGCACUCUAUGGUGCAGUUUGGCCCCUCCCAGGCUCUGAUUUCUCUCUAGACAGGUCCCCUCAAAAGUCUCAUUUCAUUUACUAGUUCUGUCUUGUUUUAUUUACUCUCUUUUCAAAUUUGAAAUAAAUAAGGUUCUCUCUGGUUCAGGUUUUUCUAUAGCCCAGUCUAUAAUAGCCUGAGGAUCACCAGGAAUGGCAGUUGUUCUUCCUGGUCCUUGUGCCCCCAAGUCUCUCAACUCAGAUUCCAAACUGUCUUUUUCCAAUUCUGAAUCUUAAGUAUUUCUCAGUUUCUUUUUUGCAAAUAUUUCCUAGAAUCAUUAAAUCUGGAAGGGACCUCAAAAGUCAUCUAUCCUAGGCUAAGAUUCACAGGAUAUAUGAGCUAGAAGGAGCCUUAGAGCACAAAGUAUUAAUAUGUUUCAAGAUGUUAGAAAUUAUUUAGGCCAUAUUAAAGACUGCAGCCCAGAAAAGAGUACUAACUUGCCCAAGGUCACACUCUGGUCAAGGGCUGAACUAGGCUAAAUUAGCCCAGUUUAGUGCUCUUUCCAGUAUGUCACACUAAUUCUAAUAGUAGCAACUUUAGAUCAUUUGUAUUUAUCUUAAAAGGAUCACUCCUUAUUUAUCCAUUUUGUAGAUUAUCUAUGAGAAGCCUGUAAGUCUGGGUUGGUUCCUCUUGCCACUAAGGAACAUACUCCUGCCCAGUGGCAUGUUCCUUCUAUCUAGACCUUCCAUGUUUAACGUAAUUGCUUUACCUUUUCCAAGUAUUUACAAAAUAAAUCUGUAUCCCUUAAAAUCAUCUGCAUACAAAAUCAAAUUCAAUCAUUCAAUAAAUAUCCAUGGAGUAUUUAUUAGGUGUGAGUAGCUAGGUGGCACAGUGGAUACUACUGGGGCCUAUGGUCUUCCUGAAUUCAAAUCAGGCCUCGUACAUGACUUAGCUAUGUGACCCUAGGCAAGUCAUUUUACCCAGUUUGCUUCAGUUUCCCUCUCUGUAAAAUAAAUUGGAGAAGGAAAUGGCAAAAUAUUCCAGUAUUUCUGCCAAGAAAACUCCAAAUGAAAUCACAAAGAGUCGGAUGUGACUGAAAACAACUGAACAACAACUGAAAGUGACCGUUGGCAGCUAGAUAGAAUGCUGGACUUGGAAAUCAGAAAGACCUGUGUUCAAAUGAAACCUCAAGACAUUUACUAGCCAUUUGACCCUGGGCAAGCUACUUAAAUUCUGUUUACCUCAGUUUUCUCAACUGUAAGAUGAAAGUAAUAGCACCUACCCCUCAGAAUCAUGAGGAUAAAAUAAGAUUUGUAAAACUCUUGCAAACUUUAAAGUGCUUUACAAAUGCUAGCUAUUAUUAUAGCCUCUCUGUGUUCCAGUUUCCUCAUGUGUGUAAGUGAGGGACUUGAAUGCAUUUUAUCCUCUUACUCCAACCCCUCAGGUUUGUAGAUCUAAAACUCUCAUUCCCUUGAUCUUCCCCCAUUCAUCAACAUGCACAUGCAUAAUUUACUAGUCCAUUAGAUAACUGGGUCUGUAACUUCACAACCCCUUAAACAACUGUCUGAGCAGAAAGGGCCUAGAGAUCACCAAAUUCAUCUUCAUUUUGCAGAAAGUGAACUGAAAUCCAGAGAAGAGAGUGCUUUGACCAAAGUCACAUAACAAGUAAAUGGCAUAUCUGAAAAAAGAGUAAGGAUCUGCUAACUUCUAGUCUCUGGUCCUCUUGCCUAGAUAUUUAUUCUAGUAAUAAUUAAAAAAUGUAUUUUAGGACAAUGAUUCUUCCCUCUCCAGGACAGAAGAAAAAAUAAAAUUCUAGAAUGUUAGAUCUGAAAACCUAGAAAUCAUUUAACUUAAUAUCAUUCCCCACUUAAUUAUAGACAAGGAGACUGAGGCACAAGAGUUUAAAUACACAGAUAGUAACAGAGCCAGGUUUAAAAAUCCAAGUUUAAAAAAUUCCAAAACCUGUGUUCCAAGCCAAUAAGCCACACUGCCUUUGAAGACAAGUACAUGGAUAAAAAGCUGAAAAUGACAAAGACAGUGGGAUGAAGAAGAAUUCUCUGCUUUGAGGAAGAGAGGAUCCAGCUUGGGGGAUCAAAAAGAGCCACAAUGAAAAGCUGCACCUGAGCUGGGCCUUGAAUGAAGGAAAAACAUAACCUGGGUUGGUAGAAGCAUGUUCCAUUUCUUCUGGUAGGAGCUGCCACAGCAGUAUUGUGUGUGUCAAAUGUCAGAGCUUAUGAGUUAUGACCAAAAAUUCCAUCUAGCUUACUGUACAUCUUCCAAGUUCUCUAGUGCAUGCCAUAUACAACAUGCUUUCGUAAGUCUGUAAGCACUCUUAAAUAUUGGCUACUUUCCUGUGCUAGACUUGCCCAUGGAAAGAAGAUAGUUCUUAUUUUAGGGAGUUCUCUGUGUGCAUCUUUCCAAGUUGAAGGAGGCCUCCCAAGCUCUGCAAAAUUAACAUUUUUGUCUAAUUUGUUGCUGCUUUACACAACAUGUGACUUCCCCAAACAGUAAUCUGUGGAUGAUGGAAUUUGUCUAAUCUGAAAGGAAGUUUAGUUGAUCCUAAAAGUCUUCUUUCUGUGAAUGUGUAUUGAACUGUGAGGUUGCUAGUUUUGCCCCUGAAUUUCUGAAUUGCAAAACCGUUGGUUUCUAAAGUGUGAGAAAUAAAUAUGUUUUGACAUCA